UCAGCUUAGAUGCCAUCAGCUGGAGAAGAACGAACCAACUUGGUGGGAAAGAUGGCGAGAGGAGCUCGAAGCUUGCGAAAGAUCGCCGCUUGUGUGAAGCCACCACCGUCCGCCUAUAGCCGGGACGCACGCUCCGGGAGUCAUUUCAGCAGAUACCUCCCAUCUUAUGGCAUCCCGAUGACGCGUCUCCCUGCCCUGCUGGGCGCCACCAUGCCUGUCCGCAGCGUCGUCUUUCCCACCCGUGCCUUCUUCAACAUUGCCAACACUUUCUCCAAGAGAAGAGAAUAUGCUGAAAGGCGCAUUAUUGGAUAUUCCAUGCAACAGAUGUACGAAGUGGUGGCCAACGUGGCGGACUACCGCCACUUCGUUCCCUGGUGCAAGAAGUCCGACGUCGUCUUCCAGCGAAGUGGAUACUGCAAGGCCAAACUCACCGUUGGCUUUCCACCAGUGACGGAAAAUUACACGUCCCUUGUCACCACAGUCCGCCCUCACCUGGUCAAGGCAGCCUGCUCGGAUGGCAAACUGUUUAACCACCUGGAGACGAUUUGGCGCUUCAGUCCCGGCCUGCCUGGCUACCCUCGCACUUGUACUGUGGACUUUGACAUCUCCUUUGAGUUCCGCUCGCUCAUCCACUCGCAGCUGGCGCACGUGUUCUUCGACCAGGUGGUGAAGCAGAUGGUGUCGGCGUUCGAGCGCCGCGCCACCACCAUCCACGGCCCCGAGACGCCCAUCCCACGCGAGCUCAUGUUCCACGAGGUGCAUCACACGUAGCGACGUUUUGACUGAGGAGUGGAAACAAAAAUAUUAACAAAAGCAGUGACUCUUGUUCUACCUGACAACGCCAGUGCCUUUCUCUCUUUUUUUUAAUUUUUAUUUUUAUUUUAAAUAAGUUUUUUUUUUUGUGAUUUGCAUAAAUCUUGCCAAAGAUUCCAGCACAGAUUUAGUGCCGGAACAGGCAAACCUCGCACAGUCCGCUCGUCAAUUCCAUCAUGAUCAGCGUCUUGUUAUAAGCUCCGCCCACUGGAGGUGACAGGUUAGGGUCAAGGCAAUAAAAGCUUUUGUUAGACACAGGAGACCACAUGGAAAUAUAACGUCUCCCCAUUUCAUUAGUUUAGUUCAAUUUAAUUGGAAUGACGACAACAUGCAACAAGGGUAGCAAUCUUUUUCCUAUUGGGGCCAGUUAAGGUAAAAUGCAAGCUAUAUAUAUUUUUUUUAGUAUUAUGAUGGGGAAUGUGAGUGUUAAAUGUUUUGCGGCUUUUGCCAUGAGAGGGAGAAAACAUGCAAGUUAAUUUGUUUCUUUGUAGUAAUAGUUUUUAGGCCAAAUGAAUAAAUUUGAAUGUGCUCCAUAACGUAACAUAUUUUAUCUCCUGCUGAAAAUCUUACAGAUGUCUUAAGAAUCCAUGACUU